CAAAUAGGUUUAAAUGGAGUCCCUGGGGGAGCCAUUUGGGGCUCGUCCUGCCCGCAGCAGCGUGCUGCAGGGAAGGGCUCUCCCCUUGGGUCGGGACACGGCCCACGGAAACUCCGUGGGGUUCCCGCGGCUUGGGACGCUGCCCGAAGGCGUUCCUCGAGGUUGAGAGCCCUGACCUGUCAUUAGGGGAGGGACUGAGCGUUCCGGGUUGUCCUUAAGCCCUGUUUAGGGUCUGGGGCCGUUGUUGAACCCCAGAAGUCCGUGUGGUGAUUGUUCUCCUCUCACGGACAUUGGAACCCUCUCUCUGCACGCUUGCGGAGUGUCGAUUACUUGCAUACAAAACCCAGUGUUGUUUGUAUUCGUUAUGUGGAAGCUGCCGCAGCAGGAGUUUGGGGCUGUCCAUGGGGGGUGCAGGACACCCCCGCACAAGCAGGGUAACGCCGCUCUCGUAAGCCCCUCGGAGGUGUCUCCUGACCCCCCCCGGCGCCACAGGCCGGUGAGGGCCGCAGGGCCGGCUCUGGGCACGGCUGGGCCCGCAGCCAAAGCGCUUCCGGCCCGGGCCCCGCCCCGGGCCCGCCGCCGCUUCCGCUUCCGGGAGAGGCGGCCGCAAUGGCGGUGCUCGCGUCCAACCCCAACAAUCCCGUGGUCUUUUUCGAUGUCACUAUCGGCGGGCAGGAGGUCGGCCGCAUGAAGAUCGAGCUGUUCGCUGAUGUUGUACCCAAAACAGCAGAGAACUUCAGGCAGUUUUGUACAGGUGAAUUCAGGAAGGAUGGUGUCCCUAUAGGUUAUAAAGGAAGCACUUUCCACAGGGUAAUAAAGGAUUUCAUGAUCCAAGGAGGUGACUUCGUAAACGGAGACGGCACUGGAGUAGCCAGUAUAUAUAGGGGUCCUUUUGCAGAUGAAAACUUCAAGCUGAAACACUCUGCUCCUGGGUUGCUCUCUAUGGCAAACAGUGGUCCAAGUACCAACGGCUGUCAGUUUUUCAUCACAUGCUCCAAGUGUGACUGGUUGGAUGGAAAACACGUUGUGUUUGGUAAAAUUGUCGAUGGGCUGUUGGUCAUGAGAAAAAUUGAAAAUGUGCCUACAGGUCCAAAUAACAAACCCAAGCUGCCAGUUGUGAUCUCUCAGUGUGGGGAAAUGUAAAGCAAUGAAACAGAAAUGUGUGUUCCUUCACUGGUGGUCAGUUCUGUGCUGGCUCCAUGCAGUUCCAACUCCAGACAGUUCCCUCGCCACCCCAGUCUUCUCCGCAGGCCAGAGCUGUGCUUUUGACAUUCUCCUGAAAUUAUUUAAUAAUUGGCAUCUAUGGUUUUGGGGGUUUUUUUGGUUUUUGUUUUGGUUUGUUUUUUUACAUUUUGAAAUGUCAAUAAAGAAUUUUGUUAAAUA